AUGGUCCCUUUCAGUUUCCCUCUGUCAAAGUGUGCACUUUGGGACCCGGUCCCUAUGGGUGAUGUUAUUGGUUCACAUAUUACCUAUUACAGAAACCCAAAGUUAUCUAUGAUGGAGAAAACCUUGCGACUUGCCUAUCGCCAUGCUAAGCAGAAUGAAAAGAAAUUAUUUUCCUGUUUUUUGCUUGGGACUCUUGCAGUAGAUGAAGAUGGGGAAGGCAUAACACUAACAAUAGACCGCUUUGAUCCUGGUCGAGAAGUUGCUGGUGGAUCAGGCAAAAUUCCAACUGCGUCCCUUCCUGGAGACUUUUUGAUUCCAUGUACAAUUAAUGCCUGGGGUCCUUCUUCAGAUAAUAUUAUAGUGCACAAUGCUGAAGAUAUCAGCUUGGCUUUCAAGGGUCUGCAGCACAGUCUGUGCACUAAAGAAUCACUGGAUCUUUCUAAACUGCUAACUGUUAGAGCUCACAUUGUUUUCACAGAAAACCUGGAUAAUCUACAUUUUAAUUUUCAAUGGGCUUCUAUUACUGCAGCAAAUAUCUUAGAAUACACCCCUGUGAAGUCUGUCCCAAUUAUUCCCACAGCCCUAGCAAGAAAUUUGAACAGUCCUAUGAAUAUUGCACAAGUUCAAGGAACUUACAAAUGUGGCUACCUUACUAUGGACCAGACACGAAAAUUGCUUUUGCUGCUCGAGUCUGAUCCCAAGGCUUAUGCUCUGCCAUUAGUUGGAGUUUGGCUGAGUGGAGUUACUCAUAUCUGUAGUCCUCAAGUCUGGGCCUGUUGCUUGCGAUAUUUAUUCAGUUCUUCAAUUCAAGAAAGGGUUUUUUCAGAAUCUGGGAGUUUUCUUAUUGUGCUUUAUUCAUUGACACACAAGGAGCCAGAGUUUUAUGAGUGUGUUCCAUGCAGUGGGCAGACUGAACUAGGGUUUCAGAUCUUAACUUGCAAUGAAACAGUACACCUCUUCAAAAAUGUUGAACCUUCAGACAAGAGCCCUAUCCAGUUUGAGUUGAGUGCAGAAAAACAAAAUGCAGAAACUGAGUUCUUCAGCAGAGUUUGCAAGAAACUUCCUAUCAGAAGUCCUUCCCAAGGCUGUUCACCCAGCAAGUUGUCAGCAAGCGAUCACGACUCUGGUGUAGAAGAUGAGGAUUUGUCCCCCAGACCAAUUCCAAGUCCUCACCCCGUGAGUCAACAGGUAACUAAGAUCUUUCCUUCAGUUCCUGAACUGUCACUUGUUUUGGAUGGGAGUUUCAUAGAAUCAGGACAAUCGUCUAAGCCUAUGGGGACUUCAAAUGCCAGAAGAUAUACCACAAGCAGCCCUAUAAGCAUGGGAUAUCAUGGGAAAAUGGGGAACUGUUCUCUUGACAAUAGCUUAUCGUCUGGAGUAAGACUGCCUUCAAGUGCAAGCCCCUCUAGUCCGCAGUUUUGUGCAGCUCACUCACCGUGCCUGCACAUGCCCGCUUCUAAAGCAGGAUCAGAUAAUGGAAUGAUGGGAUUAUCUCCAGAUGCAUACCGGGUUCUUACAGAACAAGAUAGACAACUCAAAUUACUUCAAGCUCAGAUCCAGCGCUUACUGGAAGCACAGGCUCGUCAGGCUUGUUCCUCUGAACCAGCUGCAGCUAGCAACGCUCUGCAGCCUGAGAAGCAAGGGGACCUUGUUUCUAUGGAAACACAGUCCUCACCCGGCUCACACGUGAGGAAAAGUGUGAGCAUUGCUGUGAGCACAGGUGCUAGCUUAUUUUGGAACACAGCCUCAGAAAAACAAGACGACUCCAUGCCACAAGGAAAAAAAGAAGAUGAAGAGAUUUCUAAGGAAGACAUAAGCAUUUCAAUUAAUGCUGAACAAGAUGCAAGUAAUACGAGUAUUGCUUCUUCCUUAAAGGUGGUUGACAUGCCCAGCUUUGUAGACAGUAUUCAUCUUGUGGAAGAAGGAACUAAUCGGAACACUCCCCAAAAUGGAAACGUUUCCCAAGCACUUGUUCGCAGUUCAUCCUUGGAAGAAAGUGUUAGCGUGUCUUUACAGAGAGAACCAACAGAGGGAGCCAGCAACCAUGUGGUGGUAACAAGUGAGCAAAACUCAGAGCCACCUGCCUCGUUGCUGCCUCGGCAUCCAUCAGAGGAUCAGAAGCUUUACCAGGACUUACUGGGCCAAGUGAACCACCUCUUAAAGUCCUCGGAAAAGCAAGAUCACUUGCCUGUUAAAGCAGGAUUUGUUAAUGAUGAUGGUCCUAAAUAUCAGAAUAUUGAUGAUACAACAGAAAUUACUUCAGAGACUGACACGGGAGUGGUGGAUAAAGAGAGUGUGAUUAGUGCUACACUCGAACAACUGAAGACUCUUGGAGUGACAAUUGACUCGCCUGGCAAAAUAAAGAAAAAUACACACAAAGUGGAGAAUGCCAGCAUCUUGGCGUGCAUAAAUCCUGAAGCAGUGGUUCCUGGACUAAAUUAUAUGUCAUUUGCCAAUGUCAGCAUGUGUGGCUUAACUCCUAAUGUUGUUGAUCUGAGCAUGGAAGCAAACGCUAUAGCACUCAAGUAUCUCAGUGAAAAUCAGUUAUCUCGACUUUCUUUCAGUCGUUCAGGCCAAAAUCCUCCUGCAGAUUUCUCUUUCCAAGACCUAUUGCAUACAAAUAUGGACAAGAGCAUGGUGGGUCUUAGCUUAAUUUCGCCAAACAAUAUGUCUUUUGCAACCAAGAAGUACAUGAAGCGAUACGGGCUGAUACAGGGCAAUGACAGUAGUGAAGAUGAAGAGGAACUGCAGGUUCAAGUUGGCAGUUCUAGCACUGUCAAAAGUGAAAGCAUGCUGGACAAAAACUGUACCCCUGUUUUGGAUGGCUUCAACCACUGGACUGAAUUAUCCACAAGAAGUGAUGGUGGACUUUCCAUCCAUCUAAAAAGUCACAGCAGAGAGCUGACUACUAAUGCUUCUCCACCAGAAUUAAACAACCCUGUAUUAAGAAAUAUAACAAAUGAAAUUCUUCCUCCCAGAGCAGAUCAAGCAGAUGAGAACUCAGUUCAGGUUUUAAAGGAUUUAAAAUCAAAACCCAGAUUGUUUCCUGGGAGAGUUGAAUUCACUGAACAGCCUGGCAGGAAAGAUGAAGGGGAUAUUCAGGUCUUCCCUGAAAAUCUGCAUACUCCAACCCUUGAAACAUUAAACCAGUCAAACAGCAUGAAUUCUGUUGGCACCAUUCUUGAUGUGAAACAGCUCAGGCAGUUGCCAAAGUUGUUCUGA